AUUCAGCUUCAGCUUCACUUGCAGUUCCUGCAAUGGCGGAACAACAAAACGAGAAUCCCCAAAAACCCCUCUCCCUCCGCACCCUCUCUUCCAUGAGGUCCCUCCUCAUCGACCCUUCAACGCCUCAACGCACCGUUUCCUCCAUCCUCCAAACCCUAGCCACCCCCUCGCACCUCACUCACCACGUGCUCAAGCUCAUCUCCGACGCCGCCGCGCACCGCCCCGCCGUCCCCCUCCCCGCCGUGGAGCCGCCGCCAAGCCUCGCCGUGGAGGCCCUCGCGUCGCUCCCCGGGCUCCGGCUCGACGACGAUGCGCAGUUCGCGUCGCUGUGCUUCGGCGACUCGGUGGCCGCGCGCGCGUGGAUGCUGCGGAACGCCGGGACGCGGUUGGAGGUCCGGCCGGCGUCGCUGCUGGCGGUGCUGCUGGGGUUCACGAAGGACCCUUACCCGCACGUGCGAGAGGCUGCGCUGGAAGGGCUCGUUGGCCUCAGCGAGCGUGGGGAGUUCCGAGACGUUGCGUUGGUGGAAGCGUGUUAUCGACGCGCGGUUCAGAUUCUUUGUGAUUUUCAUUCCUGCGUCAGGCUCUGUGCGGUUCGUGUUGUGACUUCAUGGGGUCUGAUGUUGGCAGCUUCUAACUCAGACAUGAAAGCCUAUUGGUCUAACGAAGUAUUUGCCAAGCUAUGCUCCAUGGUAAGAGAUAUGAGCAUGAAGGUCAGGGUUGAAGCCUUUAAAGGCCUCAGAAAGAUGGAAAUGGUAUCAGAGGAUCUUCUUUUGCAAAGUUUAUUAAAGAGAGUUUCAGGGCAUGGAAAGCAAAAGGAAACUCUGGGUCAGUGCACAUCUGAACAAUUUGUCUUGUUGGCGACUAGUGUUGCUGGUGCACUAGUUCAUGGACUUGAGGAUGAGUUCUUUGAGGUGAGGAAGUCUGUAUGUGAGUCCUUAUGCACACUGACAAACCUGUCUGCUAACUUUGCACGUGAAGCCUUAGACUCGUUAAUGGAUGUGUUGCAAGAUGGUUCAGCAGUGGUUCGGUUACAAGCUUUAGAAACCAUGCAUCAUAUGGCAAUUAAUGGCUGUUUAAAGCUUCAUGAAAAACAUUUGCACAUGUUUCUUGGUGCUCUGAUGGACAACAGUUGGGAUGUAAGAUAUACAGAUAGGAAAAUACUUAAAGUAGUGAAGCUAAAUCAGCUGACAUUGUUCAAAUCAUGUAUUGACAAACUUCUGAGAAAUUUAGACAGUUAUCCACAGGAUGAAGCUGAUGUAUUUUCUACUUUUUCUCAUCUUGGCCGAAAUCACAAGAAGUUUGUAAGCUUGAUUAUCAAGGACACGUUUAAAGAGGUAGGAACAGCUUUGGAAGGAAAUGUAGAAUUUAAUAGUGCAAGGAUAGCUUCACUGUUAAUCCUUUCUAUAUCUGCUUCACUCUUGAAUGCUGAUGUACGCAACAUACCACCAGUAAUGUUUUCUUAUGCAGUUACAUUCCUUGGUAGAAUUUGUAAUGCUUUUAGUGAUAUCAUGGAUAGGAAUGCCCUUUUGGCCUGCCUAUGUGACAAAAGCAGAUCUAUGGAUCAUUCCGCAACAAAUAGUAACCCAGAAGAAGGGGAGCAACUGUUGCCUUUAUUUGAAGGUGAUUCUCCAAAUUUUGAUGGCAAUGAGGUGAUCGACUCUGAAAUUGACUCACUUGUCACAAGGGAGCCAAAAGAGGUAUCAAAUUAUCAGAUAGAACAACGACAAUCAGUGUAUAAAGAAGUUAUAAACUUAACAAAUUACAUCCUUGAAAAGCCCCCUGAUAUGUGGCCAAGGAUACAGUCAGGUCAUACAAAUGAAGUGCUAAGGUCCUUAAGGUGUUUGAAGGAAUUAACCACUAUGAAAUUUGAUUCUUCGGGAUCUGGUGAUGCUGAUGCUGAUGCUUUGGCAUUUAUUUCACUAUAUCUCCGGGUAAUUGAGCUACUUGCCGAAGUAUGGGAGCACUUGCUACCAGCAAAAAGGUUGUGUUCUCAGAAAAUAGGAAAAUUGGAAUUCAAACUGAGAAAGCUUGAUAGGAGGGUUAAAGAAUUGAUAAGUAGGUUUAUAGGUUAUUCUGCCGAAGAGGAAUUGAAUGUCUUGGAGCUAAUGUUAUUGACUUGUAUCCUCAGAAUAUGUAAAGAUGAAAUCAGCUGUAUUAAUCAUACAUUCAAGGGGCUGACUUCUCUAUAUUUACGUGCUGAAGCUAUCCUUAAAGAAAGUUCAACAUUGCCAUCAAAUUUCGUUGUUGAACUUGCGAAAGUAUUAAGUAGCACCACCAUAGAUGGAGCUUCAUGCAGUCUACUUCAGUUUGAUGCAUGUCUCAAGUUCUUCUCCUUGAAGCAGUUUGUGUUUCAUGGAUCCAUCAAACAUGUAAAGGCAGAACUAAGGGUUCCCAAUAAUGACUAUGAACAUCCUCUUCCCUUUGUUCCAAGACUACCCGUUGGUGUACAAUGUGAAAUCAGUCUCCAUAACAUUUCAAGUGAUAGUAGGUUGUGGCUAAGGAUGACUAUGGAUGAUGGUUUCAUACAAUAUGUCUUUCUAGAUUUGGACCGUUUUGAAUGCUCUGAUGAGCUAAGAAAAUUUACAUUUGUUGCACCGUUCUACAGGACAGCAGAAGCUAAUUCUCUAACAUUAAAGGUUUGCAUUGGUUUAGAAUGCUUCUUUGAAAAUGUUAAACCAGUCCAAAGGUUUGGGGGACCAAAACAUGAACUAAUACUUCUUUGUAAAGAAAAACAAGUUUAUCUGUCCAAGGUUAAUAAAGAUUAAUUAUUUUUCUCUUGAC